GCUUGGAUCCAGCGGGACCUAACUUUGAGUAUGCAGAAGCUCCCAGUCGCCUUUCUCCGGAUGAUGCAGAGUUUGUAGAUGUCUUACACACAUUCACUAGAGGGUCACCUGGCCGGAGUAUUGGAAUCCAGAAACCAGUAGGGCACGUUGACAUUUACCCUAAUGGAGGCACUUUCCAGCCAGGCUGUAACAUUGGGGAAGCCAUCCGUGUGAUUGCAGAGAGGGGCCUGGGUGAUGUGGAUCAACUAGUGAAGUGCUCCCAUGAGCGCUCCAUCCAUCUCUUCAUCGACUCCUUGUUGAACGAAGAAAACCCAAGUAAGGCAUACAGGUGCAAUUCCAAGGAAGCCUUUGAGAAAGGGCUCUGCCUGAGUUGCAGAAAGAACCGUUGCAACAAUGUGGGCUAUGAGAUCAACAAGGUCCGAGCCAAAAGAAGCAGCAAGAUGUACCUGAAGACCCGUUCUCAGAUGCCCUACAAAGUCUUCCAUUACCAAGUAAAGAUUCAUUUUUCUGGGACUGAAAGUGACACUCAGGUCAACCAGCCCUUCGAGAUCUCUUUGUAUGGCACCGUGGCAGAGAGUGAGAACAUUCCCUUCACCUUGCCUGAGAUCUCCACAAAUAAGACCUACUCCUUUCUGAUUUACACGGAGGUGGACAUUGGAGAACUGCUAAUGAUGAAACUGAAAUGGAAGAGCGAUUCUUACUUCAGCUGGUCAGACUGGUGGAGCAGCCCUGGUUUUGCUAUUGAGAAGAUCAGAGUAAAAGCCGGAGAGACUCAGAAAAAGGUGAUCUUCUGUUCCAGGGAGAAAGUGUCUCAUUUGCAGAAAGGAAAGGGCUCUGCGGUGUUUGUGAAAUGCCACGACAAGUCUCUGAAUAAGAAGUCUGGCUGACACUGGGUAAAUGUCCAGAAAGAAGAACAGCACACGAGUUCUAUGAAGAUAGAAAUGAAAGAAGCAAAUUUUACAAAAGAUGCCCAAUGCUUUGGGUGUUUAAAAGGGGUUUUCCUGAGUAUUAAUCCCAGCUAUAUUCUUGUUAGUUAAAUUAGGAGACAGUCUCAAAUACUAAAAAGUGGCUAAUUCAAUGUGAGGAGUCAGUGGCCAAAUAUCACAGCCUCCAGCAUUAAAAGACAGCAGAUAUCAGAAGCACUGCAGUUUUUGUCCUUUGAGAAAGAAAUCAUUGUGCCCACAGUAAAUUAAGACUCCUUCAGGAGGCGUGUUCAGCCAAAGUGUAAAAUUAGUUAGAACCGCCUUUUUUAAUUAGAAUUCUGGAGCUUUUAGACUGAGGCCUUCUCAAAGUUAUCUCCAAGUCUGAAUGUAGAAGAUGAUUUUCUAUGGCAUGAGUCACAUUCAUUUAUUUAGCAGUCAAAACACCUGAUCUUUUUAAAUGGUUCUCUUGCUAUUGGAUGUGGCCUAGCAGUUAACCCUAGAUGUGUGACUUGGAGAGAGGAACAGAGGAUGGGGCUGAUAAAGAAUUGAGCCUUGUUUCCAUUGUUGGCUUGCAUGCCAACACAGUUACACGUGGAAAGAAACAAGAUGUAGAUCAAUUAAUUCUGAAUAGACUUUACAUUUUAUUGCUUAAUCCCUCUCUUUUUUCCCCCUUUGUCUUAAUAGUGUAUUUUAACAAUGGUCUGGGUGGAUGAUGAAAAUAAGCCCAGAAUUCUGAGCUAACACACAAUUUGAAUGGUGCAGAAAGAAAAUGAUACCAUAAUUUCAUUUUCAGAUUUUUCUAAUUAUUUUUCUCAAUUUAAAAUCAUUGAAUACUGUUUAGUUUUAGGCUUACUUCAGCUUGUCUCAGUCAUACUUCAAGCAUGUCUAUUUCACGUAUGGUUUGGAUGUGUUCAAAUUUUGCAUCAUGUGAACUACAAAUUUUAGGUAAAAGGACCAUUUUUACUUAAGUAGAAGGGUAGAAAAGCAACUGGGAUGUAACGUAAGCAGUGCUUGUAAACCCCGGUGUGCAGGGAGAAGCGUUUUCAGUUGCCGUAGCCACAGGAAGUGCCAAGAGGGUUGUCACUGUUGUUUUAACAACUAAUCAAGAGAGAGUGAACAGUUAUUUAUAAACUAGAUCUCAUAUUUCCAGAAUGCUUUUCUACAUAUUAAUAUAAAAUUAUACAGAAGUCAAAUAUCUCAGGCUACUGCUGGAAACCCAAACUGUGAAAGUGUGUGGGUACCUGGACAUCUGCUCACACGUAAAGCACCACAUGUACACUUGUCAUUCAGCAUGAUUUGGGAGGGUGACAAUCAAGGGAUGUUUUGGAACAUGUUGAACUAGAAAUAGUUACAUACACACCAUAAUGUCAGCCCUUCAUCAGAAAAAGAUGGCUGUGCCUCUGUACUGUUGGACAAGGGUUGUGGUUGACUCCAUCGGGCUUGGAAUGCAUUCUGUCUAACAAUAAAAUGAUGUGUGAUUUGUCAUUGGCAUCCCCUUUUUUGCUAAUUCAUUGAUCUGUGGAUGUGGGUUUUGAUCAAGGGUGCUAAACUUAAGAUUCAGCAAAUCAGUGCAUGGUGCUGGGAACUCUGACUUCUGAAGACUUCGCUAUAUAUAUCUAUUGCAAUGGUGCUUUGGCUUCAGGUUUUAUUUAUUAGCUGUAAAUAUGUGUGGGCUUGUAAGGGAGCUUGUACAUACUGGAAGGGUCGUUUUGGCUAUCUGCAUUUAUAGAUAUGUGGUGAUAACUGUGUACGUGUUUUAAUCAGUGAUGGGCUCACUGAGCAAACGUUCAUGAAAUAAUGCAAUGGGCUUUGAAAAAAAUGAAAGAAACUAACGUAACUAUGUGAAGAAAUGGAAUGAGCUUUUUAAUAAAACUGACAACAUUUUAU